CUCACGGCGGGCGUCGUCACGGCGGGCGUCGUCACGGCGCGGGGUCUGGCCGGCCGCCGCGGGCGAGAAGGAAGGCCGGGCUCACCCCGGGCGGGGAGAUGCUGAGUCAGCUCCCCGGAGACCUGCGCGGCCGCCCCGGCGGACGGGCAUUUCAGAUCUGCUUAGUAAACCGGUAUAUCACCUACCAUGCUGGCCGCAAGGUUUGUGUGUCUCCGGACACUACCUUCCAGGGUUCUCCAGCCCACUUUCAUCACCAAGGCCCCUCCACUUGUGAAGAAUUCCAUCACGAAGACCCAAUGGCUCUUAACACCCAGCAGGGAAUAUGCUACCAAGACAAGAAUUAGGACCUACCGUGGGAAAACUGGCCAAGAACUGAAAGAUGCAGCUUUGGAACCAUCAAUGGAAAAAAUCUUUAAAAUUGAUCAGAUGGGAAGGUGGUUUGUUGCUGGAGGAGCAGCUGUUGGUCUUGGAGCGCUGUGCUACUAUGGCUUGGGAAUGUCUAAUGAGAUUGGAGCUAUCGAAAAGGCUGUAAUUUGGCCUCAAUAUGUGAAGGAUAGAAUUCAUUCUACUUACAUGUACUUAGCAGGGAGUAUUGGUUUAACAGCUUUGUCUGCCUUGGCAGUAGCCAGAACACCUGCUCUCAUGAACUUCAUGAUGAGAGGCUCUUGGGUGACAAUUGGUGUGACCUUUGCAGCCAUGAUUGGAGCUGGUUUACUGGUACAUUCCAUACCAUAUGAAGAGAACCCAGGCCCAAAGCAUCUGGCUUGGAUGCUGCAUUCUGGUGUGAUGGGUGCAGUGGUGGCUCCUCUGACAAUCUUAGGGGGACCUCUUCUUCUGAGAGCUGCAUGGUACACCGCUGGAAUUGUGGGAGGCCUCUCUACUGUGGCCAUGUGUGCACCCAGUGAAAAGUUUCUGAACAUGGGAGCACCCCUGGGAGUGGGCCUGGGUCUUGUUUUUGUGUCUUCACUGGGGUCUAUGUUUCUUCCCCCUACCUCGGUAGCUGGUGCCACUCUGUACUCAGUGGCAAUGUAUGGUGGAUUAGUUCUUUUCAGCAUGUUCCUUCUGUAUGAUACACAGAAAGUAAUCAAGCGUGCAGAAGUAACACCAAUGUAUGGAGUUCAUAAGUAUGAUCCCAUCAAUUCGAUGUUGAGCAUCUACAUGGAUACAUUAAAUAUAUUUAUGCGAGUUGCAACUAUGCUAGCAACUGGAAGCAACAGAAAGAAAUGAAGUGACCACUUGUGGUGUCUCUGCUCACUGAUGUCUUGCUUGUUUAAUAGAAGCAGAUAGUCAUUACCAUUUACAUCAUCAGAACUCCUUGAGGUUUAGGCGAUAACCUGUCACUGUGUUUAAAAUGUUCAGUAAUGUGACCCUUCAGGCCUGCUUUUUCUUUUAGAAAAUAAACUCAGUACAUGUCUUUCAGAUACGCACAUACAUUUUCAUCUGCCAUGCUUGAGUAAGUUAAAAUGCUUUAAUAAAUGUGUGAACUGAUUGGUGUUAUGAAUUUCAGGUAUUUUAGCAAAUGUGUGUGUGUCAUUUUGGGGAGUUUGCAGAAUAUUUAAGUGAUAUCAUAAGGGACAGAGGUUUUGGUAUAGAGAUUAGAGAGAAAUAGAAAGUCACCUGCAGUCAUAUUUUGAAUGCUUAGGACAGCACUGAUUGUGGUCAGCCAAUGGGAGACAUCUGAGAUGUGGAAACAAGUGAGCACUGUAUAUGGUAUUAGUGAAAACACGUUUUCUUUGCUUUUAAUAGCCUCUGUGUUAACUGCUCAUUGUAAGGUUAGUCCAGAGAGUUAAUCAUACCUAAAAUCCCUGUGGAAUUACAUGUGUGUGAGUUUUACUUAAGUCUUUUAAAAGAAGCCAGGCAGUGGUGGGUUAUGCCUUUAACCCCAGUACUGCAGAGGCAGGUAUAUCCUUGGGAGUUCAAGGCCAAACUGGUCUACAUCAAAAACCCUGUCUCUACAAAACAAAAUUAUACUCAAUAUAACAUCCAAAGCAUAAGAUUUCUUUGUUUUCAAAUAUAUGGUGUAUUGGUGUUUUCUUAGUGUCUAAUUGAAAGUGUAUGUGCUUUGCUCAUCAUAGCUUUGACAGCUGUCAGAAGAGCCUCUUUAUGACUUAUGCUAAGAUUAGGAUCAGUUUUUUUUCUAAAACUGUUUUACUUCCUACAUUCCCUCUCAGGUUAAGCAUGAACAAAUACAGCAAACUUAGUUGACCUUGGGAAAUUUUUGAAUGAAAAUUGUAAUGGGGAGAUACUUCAUUAGUCUCCUUUUCAAAUGUCCUGUGCACACCAUUGCUCAGCUUCCUUGUGACAUUUGUAAGCUCUUGAUACAGUUCAGUUAUUUGGGGUGAGGGGUUCUUCAGUGAAGUCUAUGAAUAUUUACACAGUUCUAUUUUGAAGAAAUAUUACAGUAAUUCAUAAAUAACUUUUAAUCAUUUUAAAGUACACAGAAUGCUUAUAUCUGAAAUAAAAGUUUCAGCCAGA